CUUCGGCUCUAGAGUGCGUCAUCAUAAGCCAGCCGAACAUGGGAGCCUGCUCUCAAGAGAGAUUACGAAUUGUUGAUUUCUUCUAGGAGCAUAUUUCAGUAUAUAUUUCCAUGGAUAAGCGGCGCGAGGCUUUAACCUUUCGUGUCCUGCAGCGCUCUCGAGAUUUUCCCGCUCUCUUACCCGUUUGUAUGGUGCUGGAUCGAUCCUACAUCUACGAUCGCGUGCAUCGCGUACUUUAUUUGUCGGCUUUGACCUGCUCUAUUGGCCGAGACUCUCUCUGGACACAAACUGCUUUGCCGCGAUCCUUCCUCUUACCCCGUCUGCAGGUGCCCCUUCGGCGGCAAGGAAUGACUCUUGCGUGCCCGCGGACGCCUAUAUGCGCACCACCGUUUAUCACGAGCGUCUUCCGGUUCAUAUGAGCGAGUGUGCGAUCGAUGAUGACUGUCGACUCCAGGCGCCUGACCGGGGCCUGCUCCUGUGCACAGGGCCACUUCAGCUUCCAGAUUCAGGACUUAUGUACCCUAAGACAGACAGAAUCAUCUCCCAGCAGAACAGAAGCGCCUAGGAAGUCAUCCUGGCCAUAGACAGCAAGGACUUUGACUACGAGAACCAAGGGACGAACUACGCGGGCUACUAGACUCUAGAUAUAUCUCCUUGCUGUUAGAUUUAAGGAUGUACGCAUUCAUUUAGAUAGUAGAUACAAAAAUGUUUCCCACUUGUUAAUUUUGUUAUACUAAGCUAAGUUUUAAUGAAUAAAACUAUCCUAUCUUAUCA